ACCACACAUUUUGCAAAAAUGCUGAGCUCAGUUACAGUACUUUGUUGCCAGGGGAUUUUCUUGGUCUUUGAGGGUUGGCUGGCCAAAUAUAAAAGGUGGAUUCCUUUAAGUCACGCGGUUGGCUACAAACUAAAACUGAAAAAAGAAAACGAAAGCAAGCGCAUAAAAUAUAAAAUCUGUUCUUGUCAACAUUAUCACUUGACUUGGCACUCUGCACUCCAAAGCAACACAGGUAAAGCGCAGUGAUGGGAGGAGCAUAUUUCAGUCAGCCAUGGAGAGCUAUGCCAAAGGACAACCAGGAGAAUCUUGAUUUUGUGAAAUCCUACCAGCCUCGAAACAAAGAAGUCAAACAUCUCAGAAUUCUGCUUCAUGGACCAGUCGGUGCUGGCAAGUCCAGUUUCAUCAACUCUGUUGAAAGUGUUUUAAAAGGCAGAGUCACCGUUCGAGCUUUGACAGACGCAAUCUCUGGAAGCAGCUUUACCCAAAACUACACAACUUUUAAAAUCCACAAAGACCCUGAGAGCUUUUACUCUUUCAUUUUCAAUGACAUCAUGGGCUUUGAGCAAGAGACGGACAGUGGAGUUCCUGUGGAAGACGUCAAACUGGCCCUGAGAGGACAUGUGAAAGAGGGUUACAAGUUCGUUCCUGGAGGCCAAUUGAAGGAGACUGAUCAGGACUACAAGUUAUCUCCCACUCUGGAUGACAGAGUUCACGUUCUGGUUUCUGUCAUUCCUGUUAACUCAGUAUCUUUGAUGAGUGACAAAGUUGUGAAGAAGAUGAGAGACAUCAGACUAUCAGCCAGUGAAAUGGGAAUUCCUCAACUGGCUAUUCUCACCAAAGUUGAUGAAGCGUUUUCCAAGGGGAAAAAGAAUAUAGACAAAGUCUAUAAGAACAAGUACCUGAAGAAAAUGGUCAACCAAUUCAGCAUGUUGCUAGGCCUUCCACCCAACUGCAUCUUUCUUGUGAAGAACUACGAGUCAGAAAGCAACACGAACGAUGACACUGAUGCGCUGAUACUGAGCGCACUGAGACAGAUGAUUACCUUUGGAGAAGACUUCCUCGACAACCUGUAGACCGACGUACAGCUGAGGCAAACCUUGUAUGAUCAAAGCAUGAAAACAAGCAGUAAUGCACUUGUUAUCUUUAUGUUCAUUUUCAAGCAUGUUAUUCAUAUACUGCAGUAUUUAUAUCCAGACUGGUCUCCUAAAAAUUACAUUUCCACACAACAAAACUGCAUGCGCUUGUCAAGUACAUUUAGAAGGAAAUGCCUUUUCUCCCGGAUUACAUUUGUUUUUGACGUAUCACACUUGUAUAAGGCCUUGGUUGUAUUUACGCAAGGAUGGUCGCACACAUGAGCUAACGUUUACAUCUUUUACACUCCAUGUGGGUUUCUCCCAGCAGCUCAAAGUUCUCAAUUUUUUUCCGCCCAUCCACGUCCACGUAUAGUUAGAUAAAAUGUUGGCACGGAACCCCCCGUGAAGGGCCGUGUCUGAUAGUGUGAUGACUUUGGCCGUGUGGAGACUCGCGACCUUUGCAGAUGCAGCAAGCAUGGGUGCCGUAAGUGAGGGGGGCCAAGGGGCCAUUGGCCCACUUUACGGCCCUGUCCUACUUUCACU